AUGAAUACAUAUUUGAAGUUUACGUCAGUCCCUCCUCCAGCCAAAAAACACUUUUAAGUCUAACUUUAGUAAGUACAUACAAGUUCCUAAUACCAAAAUAUUCAAAUAAAUUCUAAUAAAUUUUUAACAAAUAUACCUCAACAUACAACAACAUAAAUUAUGCCUUAAGUUAUUUCAAAUAUCUAAAAUACUAAUUAGAGUUAGGCUAAUAGAGACAAUUUUAGGACGAUUUAAAAACAACCAAUUUGGGUUCAAGCAAAAUCUGAUUAAAAAUAAGUUUUUGUUGUUUCUAGAAAUUAGAAGUUGUAGGAAUCAAAAGGUAAUUCUAAGGUUCCAUUUUCAUAAAAUCAUUAUACUUAAAAAGUAAAUGAGAUUUUUCAAAAUUUUGGGGUUGGGUAAAAUAACAAUUAGAAUUAAAAUUCUCCGAAUAUAUAGAAUAAGAUAAAUUAAUAAAUAAAUACAGAUAGCUAAAUCAAAAAAUAAUAGAUAUAAUUUAACAAUUUUAACAAUAAUCUUGUAUCAAAAACUUUUAACAAUAAAUAAUAAGAAUAUUAGUUUAUUGAAUAAUAAUUGCCUAAAUUAAGUAGUCCAAAAAAAUAGGAAUAAUAGAUUGAAACUAAAAAAUAAUUUAAUUGUUAGUAACAGUAGAAAUAUCCAAAUAAUAAAAUUAAUGACCUCAAAGAAUAAAUAAAAAACAGAAUAAAAUCCCCAGUAAAGAUUUAGGGUGACCAUAAUGUCAAAAAAAUUGUCAUUGAAAAUCCAUAGAAUUAAUUAAGUUAAUUGGUUAAAAAAUAAAAAAAUGCUAUAAUAAAUCAUUAAUGUGAUGAAGAGAAAAAAUAAGUUGAUAUUUAAAAUUAAGCUAUAAAGAAAUAAGUAUUUAAAUAAUCAACUGAUUAAUUAAAAGAUUCAUAAAAUGCAAAUACUACAAAAAAAUAAGAAUUUUAAUCAUAAACUGAUUAAUUAGAUUCAUAAAAUGCAAAUACUAUAAAGAAAUAAGAAUUUUAAUAAUAAACUGAUUAAUUAAAAGAUUAAUAAAUUGCAAAUACUAUAAAGAAAUAAGUAUUUAAAUAAUCAACUGAUUAAUUAAAAGAUUCAUAAAAUGCAAAUACUACAAAAAAAUAAGAAUUUUAAUCAUAAACUGAUUAAUUAGAUUCAUAAAAUGCAAAUACUAUAAAGAAAUAAGAAUUUUAAUAAUAAACUGAUUAAUUAAAAGAUUAAUAAAUUGCAAAUACUAUAAAGAAAUAAGUAUUUAAAUAAUCAACUGAUUAAUUAAAAGAUUCAUAAAAUGCAAAUACUACAAAAAAAUAAGAAUUUUAAUCAUAAACUGAUUAAUUAGAUUCAUAAAAUGCAAAUACUAUAAAGAAAUAAGAAUUUUAAUAAUAAACUGAUUAAUUAAAAGAUUAAUAAAUUGCAAAUACUAUAAAGAAAUAAGUAUUUAAAUAAUCAACUGAUUAAUUAAAAGAUUCAUAAAAUGCAAAUACUACAAAAAAAUAAGAAUUUUAAUCAUAAACUGAUUAAUUAGAUUCAUAAAAUGCAAAUACUAUAAAGAAAUAAGAAUUUUAAUAAUAAACUGAUUAAUUAAAAGAUUAAUAAAUUGCAAAUACUAUAAAGAAAUAAGUAUUUAAAUAAUCAACUGAUUAAUUAAAAGAUUCAUAAAAUGCAAAUACUACAAAAAAAUAAGAAUUUUAAUCAUAAACUGAUUAAUUAGAUUCAUAAAAUGCAAAUACUAUAAAGAAAUAAGAAUUUUAAUAAUAAACUGAUUAAUUAAAAGAUUAAUAAAUUGCAAAUACUAUAAAGAAAUAAGUAUUUAAAUAAUCAACUGAUUAAUUAAAAGAUUCAUAAAAUGCAAAUACUACAAAAAAAUAAGAAUUUUAAUCAUAAACUGAUUAAUUAGAUUCAUAAAAUGCAAAUACUAUAAAGAAAUAAGAAUUUUAAUAAUAAACUGAUUAAUUAAAAGAUUAAUAAAUUGCAAAUACUAUAAAGAAAUAAGUAUUUAAAUAAUCAACUGAUUAAUUAAAAGAUUCAUAAAAUGCAAAUACUACAAAAAAAUAAGAAUUUUAAUCAUAAACUGAUUAAUUAGAUUCAUAAAAUGCAAAUACUAUAAAGAAAUAAGAAUUUUAAUAAUAAACUGAUUAAUUAAAAGAUUAAUAAAUUGCAAAUACUAUAAAGAAAUAAGUAUUUAAAUAAUCAACUGAUUAAUUAAAAGAUUCAUAAAAUGCAAAUACUACAAAAAAAUAAGAAUUUUAAUCAUAAACUGAUUAAUUAGAUUCAUAAAAUGCAAAUACUAUAAAGAAAUAAGAAUUUUAAUAAUAAACUGAUUAAUUAAAAGAUUAAUAAAUUGCAAAUACUAUAAAGAAAUAAGUAUUUAAAUAAUCAACUGAUUAAUUAAAAGAUUCAUAAAAUGCAAAUACUACAAAAAAAUAAGAAUUUUAAUCAUAAACUGAUUAAUUAGAUUCAUAAAAUGCAAAUACUAUAAAGAAAUAAGAAUUUUAAUAAUAAACUGAUUAAUUAAAAGAUUAAUAAAUUGCAAAUACUAUAAAGAAAUAAGUAUUUAAAUAAUCAACUGAUUAAUUAAAAGAUUCAUAAAAUGCAAAUACUACAAANUAUUUAAAUAAUAAACUGAUUAAUUAAAUGAUUCAUAAAAUGCAAAUACUAUAACUCAAUAGGAAUAUUGUGCAUCUACAACAGAAAUUUCCUAGAGUGAAGAAUGUAAAACACAAGAUAAAUUAAAUAAUGACGGAGAAGAAUAAUAAAAUACGAAUGAUAUUCCUAUAUAAAUUGAUUUAUAAAUACAGUAGAUAAACUAUUAGGCCAUAUCAGACUAAAAUGAAAAAGAACCUUAAGAAGAUCCACCAAAAAUAAUUUAAUAAAAUUUUGAUAAAUCUACGCUAGUGGAAAUUAAAACAGAUCAAGAAGAUAACUCCAAACCUUUAGAUAUAAAUAAAUAAAUAUAACCUCCUUUACCAUUAAAUCCAGAUAAACUAGAUGAAGGUCAAAAUUAAUUAGAGGUCCCUUAUUCAGCAAAAUUUUCCAAUACAUUACCCCCUUUUGGUCCUAUUAAUCCAAGACCAAGAUUAUAACCUCCAAAACCAUAACCAAAAUAAAAAUCUAAGUUACCUAUCACCGAUUAGCAAUUAUAAAACAAUUGCAAUUAAUAUCCAAUUGCAUUAUUUUUAGGUAGCGCAGGAGUUGGUAAAACAUCAAUAAUAAAAACUAUAUUUUAAGGUUAUAUUAGUAAUUUUAAAGAAUUUUAAUUAUAUUCAGCAAGAAUUGAUGAUUCUUUAAUUUAUAAUUUUGUAGAUACAAAAGGAUUUGAUUUUGAAUCAAAUAUAGAUGAAAGAGAAUAAUAAAUACAACUCUAUUAAUCUAUAUUUUAUAAAUAUCCAAACUAAGUAGGAUCUCUUUUUGUAGUUGUUAAUUUUGAAAGAACUGAUCUAAUGAAAAAAAAGAUUUUAUCAAUAUAUAAGUUCUUCAGAAAAUUUUCCACUAUUAUAAGCAUUAUUGUUACAGAAAUGUAAUUAAGUGAUGAUUAAAAUUAAACUGAAAACGAGUUGAAAAAAAAUUUUUCAUAUUUCAAACCUUAAAAUAUUAUAUUUGUAAGACGAGAUACACAAAGAGAUGAAUUAUUAAGUAAAUUGAAUGAAAAAUCUUUAAAUUAAAUUACAGAUGAUUAUGAAUUCGAUGUUAUAGAUACAAUUUUUGAAAAAGAAGAUGAAGAAGAAAUGAAAAAGCUAUAAAAUUAACUAAUGUAAAGAUUUAAAUGA